AUGGCGUCCCAUGAAAGACCGGGGGACGUGAAACUGAGUUAUCAAAGAAAUGGCGACGUAACGAGAAAACAAAAACACCAGUCGGUAGGUUUUCAUCCUGGCAAAACACUAUGUCGGAUAUAUUACAAAGGACGGAUCCAUUCUUCGAGUUUUUUACUGACGGAAAGUGACUCCAGGUACGAGCACAAGCAACGCCUUGCAGAAAACGAUGUCAUCGGUUAUAUAACUUUGCCGCGACCCCUCCUUGCUGGCUGGUAUUUAAUCAAAACGAAGGACACUCGGUACCUCGACCUGCUAAACAAGUCUAUAGGGGCCACUCUGAAGAUCAGCUCAGAAAGCGUCUUACUUGAAAAAAGAUUGGACGAUCUAUGCAGGAGAAGUUCGGCACAGAAAAAGAAACUAAACGUACGGGGAUCGGUGAAACAGCGCUUGGACUUUUGCACCAGCGCUUGCAAAGUCCGACUCUUGAGGAAAGAAGUUGUAGAAAUAAAGGAUUUGGUGGAAGAACGAAUUGAGGAAACUUCUUCCAUUGCAGAACGUGAUGAACUAGUUACAGCCUUGAAACAAGAGGUGCAACGGCUCAAGGGUAAUAAUGACUCCUUGAGACAGCAAAUUAGGCACUUGAAGAGGGAAACAUGCGAUGCAAAUGUGGGGACCCCCAUCCCUGAAUUAAAGACCGAACAAAGUAAAAACCGAAAAAUAAAAAUACUAAAAAAUAAAGCAGAGAAAGCAGUUGCAUUUGUAGAAUUGUUUGGCUUAGAGCUUGAUUUUCUCCAAGUAGCUGACUCUGUCAAUGAGAAAAACUACAAUCUGGACUUGUCAACAGCAUGUCAAGGUGGAUCCAAAACACCAGGCCAGAAUGCCCAAUACCUGUCACUUAAUGAAAAGGACAAAGCCACUGUAGAAAGUGUUCUAUUUUUGAUUGACAAAUUUGGUGUUGGGGAUGAUUUUAUCCAAAAGGUGUCAAGAAUAGUCGAUGGCUCCCCUAGAGGCUAUAUCAUAAAACAGUGUCGCUCAGAGCUCAAUAAACAGUGCAACAUCAGGCCCACUCCAGGACAAGUUCCAGGAGCCCAGUUCUCUUUCAAGGAGAGACUGGUAGAGCAAAUCAAGAGUCUGAGAGCAAGUGGUAUGGUUACAGACCAUGUCAGGAUAAAGCUCAGUGGUGACGGGGCCAGAAUGAGCCGCUCCUCAAAUUUCAUCCUUUUUAGCUUUGCAAUACUGAAUGCACCUGAUGAUCUGCUUUCCUCGAAAGUGGCAGUUAUCAAUGGUCCAGAGAAGUAUGAGACAAUAGCAGAGAGCUUGAAAGAUGUUCUUGAAGAAAUUGAUGCAGUGCAAGAACUUGAUGGCAAGAAGAUAAAUGUAGAGUUCAUUCUGGGCGGAGACUAUAAGUUCCUCUUACAAACAAUGGGUUUGAGUUCUGCAAACUCAGCAUAUGCUUGUCUUUGGUGCAAAGUUCACAAGAAAGACAGAGGUGAUAUGAGCAAGGAUGAUGAGAAGGACCCACUACGCAGGACCCUACAGGAUAUUAUCGAGUGUGGAAAAAGAAAGGAGAGAAUUACUGCUGUGUAAAUAAACCCCUAUUCAACAUCGAACCUGACCACAUACUAUUAGAUGAGCUCCACUUAAUGCUGAGGGUGACAGACAUCCUGAUAGAUAAUGCAAUAGAAGAUGCAAUGCAGUGGGAUGAAAAGGGAAAGGUCAUUACAAUCUACCUGAUAAUAUACUUUUUAUGACAAAUAAAGCACUUUUAAAGACAUGAAUGACUGUCCAUGUACAAUUACUAUAAGAAGUGGAAAUGUUGUAUUAUGUAUGAUUGCGUGACGUUGUAUGACGUCAUGGUUUUGAGAUAAUAAAGUCACUUAGCACUUGACCGUCGUACAAUAUGGUGGCAGCCCUGAGGACCCGCUAAAAAUCAGUUUUUAGCAGCCUAAUAUCCAAGUGAACAAGUCAGCGUUUUAUCUGGGACAUUCCGUUGGACAAACCGAAGAAAAACAGGGAAAAAACUGUGGGAGACACGAUCCGUUCGACACUGCACAAAAACUUAACCUCAGCGAGUAUAGUUCAAGUCAAGGGACAACGUACCGCUGACUUCAAUUCACCGAGCUGGAAAGAAACACAAGAACCACAGACAGCGACCACACACUGGGAAGUACAAUCUACGUCGACUUAACAGCUGAGUUGAUUUAUUCAAAGAGUAUUUUCUGUAAAUAAGCUUACAAAGACAAGCUUACCGUUGUCAGAAAUAAACUACGACAAGCCGGCAGGUUCACAUCAAUUCCAAUUCUAGGAGGACUUUCAUCUCAAGCGGGUAUUUAUAACGACUCCGGACGUAUACAGACUUUAACUAGAGUAGUGUUAGGACAGUUUAAAGUAAGCAUAACGUGGUUUUCUUGCCGUUCCAAAGGAAACUCGAACUCGGCAGGCUUAUUCAGUUUGAGGGUUUUCAUUCACGAAAACAAAACGUGCCAUCGACGUUUUGACCGCGCGCGGCCUGGGACCGUAACACAGGUAUACCCCGCACGCUAUAAUUUUCUAGUACGAUCUUUUUCGCGAUUUCGCGACGUUUUUUCGCGCAUAAUUUUUCAGAUAUUUUUUAAGCGUUACUUACUUCUUGAAAUUAUCACUCUGUCUUUGUUAUUGUGCGAAUUUAUUUACAGUAAUGGCUACAUAUCAGAUCCCAGCCCCACCCCCAAUGUCGUUACAGGGAGACGUAGUGGAGAACUUCCGGGACUUCGAAUCCUCAUGGGACUAUUAUACCAUUGCUACCGAUCUAAGGUCGAAAUUGACAUCCCCUCCAGGCAAGGAAAUAGUAGCCGCAACACUUUGCAUGGUAAUGGGCCCUGAAAGCAAGAAGAUAAUGAACUCAUUACCCACCCUGAUCAACGCCGACAGGAAAGACCCGAAGAGGAUUAUAGAAGAGCUUAGAAAAUACUUUGUACCCCAACGCAACGUGCUGUAUGAACGGUUUGUUUUCAACUCUGCAACACAGAAGCCCUCCGAGUCCGUCGACGAAUAUGUCGUCCGCCUGCGUCAUCUAGCCAACUCUUGUGAGUUCGGUGACUUGAAGGACUCUCUCAUCCGAGAUCGGAUAGUCAUAGGUACUACCGAUGAGAGUGGACGUGAACGCCUUUUAAGGGAACGGCCGGUGCCAAGCCUAGAUAAGGUGGUGGAAAGCCUUCGAGCUGCCGAGAUCUCAAGAACUCACCGACAAGUGAUAAGCGGGAAACCAUACUCGAGCCAGGCAGAAACCAUUCACCAUACAGAUAAGAGGCAGCCGAACAAUAAGAAACAACCAAAGAAAGGGCCGGGGUAACAACGGUAACAACGGUGGACAACAAAAAACAAACGGGAACAAAAGAAGGCAAACCCAAGACCGUAGACCACCAACCCCGGGAAGCCAUAACUCCUCCACCUCCUGUCACUGGUGUGGAAAAAAGGCAGGCCAUGUCAAGAAAGAUUGUCCUGCUAAGGAUGCAAAGUGCCGUAACUGCGGCAAAACAGGCCACUACGCCGUAGUCUGUCGGUCAAACAAACAAGUGCAUGAAG